AUGGAGUCGCAAAUUAUCAAGUAUUACCUACCGGAUGAAGUGGUCAUUCAUAAUGAAGCAACCAGUGCUUGGGUUAGCUUUUAUGGGUUGGUCCUCGAUAUCACUCCGCUCUUCACGGUGGCUCUGGAGAAGCAACCGACACUCGAGAAGCGCUUGCGGUGGUUGCUGGCCUUCGCGGGCAAAGAUCUGAGUUCGUUCUUCACCGAGAAUCCGAUCGCACCGACCGAGCGGACCAACUGCCACGGCAAACGGGUUCCCAUAUUUCUGCCCAGUUUGGAGCGCAAUCCGGUCACCGGUCGUCGCUGGUGGCGUGAUCCGUCCCUGGCGAUCGGACGCGUAACCCGCUUCGCGUGCCCGGUCAAAAUCAUCAACACACUAACAUUCCACGCCACGGAAAUGGUCGUUUGUUGCGAAGAUACCGUGGCCGUGGUUCGUCAGAAGUACGCGGAACGUUACAACGACGGUGCGCACCAGUACGAGUGGCGAAGGGAUCUGCGUCGCGGCACCGAAAAGGGAAAACUUCGGCUCGACAAAACACUUCAAGGUAAUGGAUUCUUCGCCGAGGACUUUGGCACGCUGCCGAUCAUUUGGAUCUUUUACAUCUCACCCCCCGAUGACGACAACGACGACGACGAUGACGGUGCGUCUGUUGAUCGCGGCGAUGAUGAUACGGGUUCUUUCUCCGGGAAACGGAACCCAACCGGUGAGUAA